GUCUGAGUCCUUUCCCUGCGCACCAUGAUUUGAGCCCCACAUGCCAAGAGCUCUAAUCCCCCUGCACCAGGCCCUGAUGAUGAAUAACAAGGAAACCACAGAGGUCUCUGAGAAGAGCCACCACUUGAAAGUAUUCCUGCCCAAGAAGCUGGUGGAGUGUUUGCCCAAAUGCCCUGCCCUCCCCAAGGAGCGACUGCGCUGGAAUACCAAUGAGGAAAUUGCCUCCUAUCUGAUCACUUUUGAGAAGCAUGAGGAAUGGCUCUCCUGCUCUCCCAAGACCCGCCCCCAGAACGGCUCCAUCAUCCUAUACAACCGGAAAAAGGUGAAGUACCGCAAGGAUGGCUACUGCUGGAAGAAACGCAAGGACGGCAAGACCACGCGGGAGGACCACAUGAAACUCAAGGUGCAAGGCAUGGAGUGUCUGUAUGGCUGCUACGUCCACUCCUCUAUUGUCCCCACAUUCCACCGACGGUGCUACUGGCUACUGCAGAAUCCUGACAUUGUGCUGGUGCACUACCUGAACGUGCCGGCGCUGGAGGACUGCGCCAAGCUCUGCGGGCCCAUCCUCUGCUCCAUCAGCAGCGACCGCAAGGAGUGGCUGAAGUGGUCGAAGGAGGAGCUGGUGAGCCAGCUCAAACCCAUGUUUCACGGGAUAAAGUGGAGCUGCAGCAACGGCAACGGGACCACAGAGUUCUCCAUUGAAGCCCCCCGAUGGCCCCACUCUCAGCCUGCCCCCACACAGCUGCAUCUGUCUGUCCAUCCCACAGGCAGCCCAGGCCAUGUCCCGCACAAAUGCAGCAGCACCAAGCACCGCAUCAUUUCCCCGAAGGUGGAGGCGCGGCUCUGCCCAGUCCCGGCACUCCCCGAGCCACAGCGUGUGCCUGAGCCCAAGCCGGAGCCAGAGCUGGCCAAGCCUGACAGAAAAGAACCCCCAGCGCCCACCGAGCCCUCCUCUUCCUCCUCCCCAGAUGCCCCUCGGCCUUCAUCUGGCGUAGGUCCACCCAGCAGCUCCUACCGAGGUGAGCGGCCACCAGCUGCUGUGGCACUGUCAGUGGGGCUUCCGGGCAGUGCCGUCCUAGUCAUGACUGGCCUGGCCGGGGCCCCAGAGAAGCCGCUAGGCCUCACACCCAGCCAGCACCUGGUGGCGAGUGAUCCUCCAGCACCCGCCGGCCCUGUUAGCCUGGCCCUGCUGCCAGGUCCCGGCCUGGCCCUGUCUCAGAACCUGGAGGCCAGCAUGGAGACAGGGGAGGCCGGCUCCAGCGCCUUCGACCCCGACUGCUUCCUCAACAGCCCCGCCCGGGGCCAAACCUAUGGGUGGGGGGCACCAGAGCCACCCACCCCGGCCUAUGCGCCCCCCACUGCUGGCAACUGCUUCUUCAUCCAGGACGACGGGGGGGCGCCAGGGCGGGGCACCCAGCCCUCCUCCCGGGAGAAAGGGGAGACACCCAUGGAGACGGGGGCGUCCCGGCCAGGUGGUGGGGCAGCGACGGAGCAGCUGCAGGAGGAGCUGUACUCCAUCAUACAGACGGCAGGGGCCAGGGGGCCGGACCUGCCCUUCGGCCUCUCCUUGGACAGCUUCAUCUCGGAACUCAUGACGGAGGAGGCUGGGGCUGGGGGAGGGAGCAGCCCCCCACGCCCAGCUCUGCCUGACACCCCUGGUGAGGCUGCUCCUCCAGGGGGUGAGGUGACUCCAGGCCCCCAGCCUGAGGAGCUAGUGAACAUCACUGAUUUCUCGCCGGAUUGGUCUUACCCAGAGGGCGGUGUCAAGGUGCUGAUCACGGGGCCGUGGAUGGAUGAGACAGACUCCUACACCUGCCUCUUCGACCGAGUGGUCGUGCCUGCAGCGCUCAUUCAGUCGGGUGUCCUACGCUGCUACUGCCCCGGCCAUGAGGAGGGGCUGGUGGCCUUGCAAGUGGCCCAUGGCUCCCGGCUGGUCUCCACCUCAGUGCUGUUCGAGUACCGGGGCCGUGGGUUUCUGGCGCUGCCCAGCACCCAGCUGGACUGGCUCUCCCUGGAUGAUAACCAGUUCAGGAUGUCGAUCUUGGAGCGCCUGGAGCAGAUGGAGAAGCGCAUGGCAGAGAUGGCAGCGUCCUCCCAGCAACAGCGGGGGGCUGCCGGGGAGUCCCCCCACACCCAGGCCACUUCUGACUCCUUCGAGGACCGGAUCGUGGCCCUGUGCGAGAAGAUGAUGUCUCGCUCCUCCUGGCUUCACUCUGACACCCUGGUCCAUGACAUCAGCUUCCGGGGCAUGACUCUGCUGCACCUGGCAGCUGCCCAGGGCUAUGCCCGCCUCAUUGAGACUCUCAUGAAGUGGAGGAACCUCAGUGCUGACAGCUUGGACUUGGAGCAGGAAGUAGAUCCUCUGAAUGUUGACCACUUUUCCUGCACCCCGCUGAUGUGGGCGUGCGCCCUGGGCCACAUCGACGCAGCCCUUCUGCUGUACCGCUGGAACGGCCAAGCACUCUCCAUCCCCGACUCACUGGGCCGGCUACCUCUGACUGUGGCUCGCUCCCGGGGCCAUGUGGCGCUGGCUGCUCGCCUGGAGGACCUGCAGCGCCAGGAGCCAAGUUCCGAGGGUGUCGUGGACAAGGGCUGGGGGCAGCAGCACCCAGCUGAGGCCUUGCGCAUCCCCUCUCCACUCUCUGCCAGCCCCGACACUGGGCUGAGCACAGUGAGCAGUGUCUCCUCACCCUCAGAGCUGUCGGACGGCUCCGUCUCUGUCACCUCAGCCUACUCCAGCGCUUCUGCUCUUCGUGACUCACCCGCCGGCAGUCCUGAGCCAGAUGGCACCAUGGACUUUGGCACUGCCCCUGAGGGCCCAGCCAGCUGGUACCUGCAGGAGACCCCCAGCCCACCUGGCCUGCGCUGCUCCCCCGGUGAGCCCCACUUCUUCAUGGAGUAUGAGGAGCCCUCCGAGCCAGAGCUGCUGUCAUAUGCGGAGAACACGGAGAAUGAGGACUAUCUGCCAACUGCUGAUGUGCUGCAGGUGGACAUGAUCACACUGGCAAGGCAGAUCAUCGAGGCAACACCAGAGCGCAUUAAGCAGGAGGAUUUCAGCUCUUCAGCUGAGGUGCCGCUGCGGGAGCGAAGUGGGAACAUGGGGCUGAGCGAGACCAUGUCCUGGCUGACCAGUUACCUGGAGAGCGUUGACCAGCUGCCCAGCUUCUCCCAGCACAGGUCGGUGCCCUCGUCACGAGUGUGCCUGAGUCCCCUGCAGACCUCAGUAGGGGAGCUGUCUUUUGACCGCCUGCCCCCACCCCCCACGGCUGCUGGGUGGGCCGAAUUCCUCAACGCCUCGGCCAAUGGCAAGAUGGAGAGCGAGUUCGCGCUGCUGACACUGUCCGACCACGAGCAGCGGGAGCUGUACGAGGCUGCUCGCAUCAUCCAGACGGCCUUCCGCAAGUACAAGGGCCGGCGGCUGAAGGAGCAGCAAGAGACGGCAGCUGCCGUGAUCCAACGAUGUUAUCGCAAGUACAAGCAGCUCACGUGGAUUGCAUUGAAGUAUGCCCUGUAUAAGAAGAUGACACAAGCUGCAAUCCUGAUCCAGAGCAAAUUCCGUAGUUACUAUGAGCAGAAGAAGUUCCAGCAGAGCCGACGGGCCGCAGUUCUCAUUCAGCAGUACUACCGCAGCUACAAAGAGUAUGAGAAGCUCAAACAGGGCCACCGAGCCUCCGCCACCAUGCAGCAGAAGAUCAAGGGCACAUUCCUUACGAAGAAGCAAGAUCAGGCUGCCCGUAAGAUCAUGCGGUUUCUGCGCCGCUGUCGACACAGGAUGAAGGAGCUGAAGCAGAGCAAAGAGGUGGAAAGUUUACAGAAGCGAGGUCUUGCUACUUAGCUCCCCCAUGCUGACCCCAUCCUGGAGGGUGACAUUCCUCCUGGACCCCUCCAGUGGCCAGCUAAAGUCCAAGGCAGCCCGGCUGGAAACCCAGGCAUCUGGGGUUGGCUGCCUCCAUCUUUGCUCUUUUUUUCGGACUGCGACAAUGGAGUCUUAAUGGAUCAGACCUCCUGUCUUAAUGACUGUGCAAUAGCAACUGGCUGUGGUGGGAGUGAAAGGAGGACUUGAUCUCCAUGGACUGGGGGGGAGACCCCCCCAAUGGACAUGAGGACAGUGCAGGUGGGCGGGGAGGGGGAAAUCUUUUCAGAACUGAGGUAUCAGCUGUUAUGCACUUGUUCUCCCCUCCCCAAGCUCUCCCCUGCUCACCAACCUCACCUUAUCUUUGUGCCAAGUUAUCCCCUCCGGUUGGGGGCCAGGCCCCUGGCUGCUCUCCCUGGCUCCGGGAG